AUGAGUGCCUCCAUGUUCAAGGGGUUGCCAACCUCGAAAAUAUUGAAGCAGAUUGCCAGAUUGAACAAUAUCACUGGAACUCCAAGAACUGCUUUCAAAUUCGGUCCGCUGGUCAAGAAGAUUGAACUAAUCAUAUUACUGAAGAACAUCUUCAAAGCUAGCUCUGGAUUGAAGAAGUUUUGGAGACAAAACUUGCCUGUGUUAAAAUACCAUAAUGAUGACGUUGAAUUUACUUUGACCAGGGUCAGAGCCAUGUCCAAGGAGGAAAUCGCUAAGGUUCCUACUAAGAUUGUAAUUCAUCUGGCCGACGGAACUAAGAGUGAGGUCGACUGUGCAAUGCAAACACACAACCAGAUCUUGAAGAAGCUAGUGAAGUCUACCGGUGCGGUGGCGAUGGCUGCAGAGGAUCUCCACACCAUCCCUGUACCAGAGAAUCACUUACCAUAG